AUGAUGGCUUCAAAUCUCUUAGUCAGAUCUCGGAUAGUGCAGAAGCCUUACCAGCUCUUUCAUUAUUACUUUUUGCUGGAAAAGGAACCAGGAAAUGAAUUAGGGACCUUAGAAUUUGACACUAAUAUAAACAGGACAUUAAAGAAACUACAGAACUACAAGUGGAACGUGAAAGAUAUCGCACACUAUGGCUUUUUAAGCUCAGUUAUUGGCUUUGUCUUUCUCAUCUUUCCUGUGACGUUUUUGAUCAAGAUACCAAUAUUAUUGAUCUUUUUGAGUUGUCUUCUUAUUCCACUAACAUCGCAAUUUUUUGUUCCAGCAUUGCCAGUGUUUACUUGGUUGGCAUUCUACUUUAGUUGUGGAAAAAUUCCCACAACUUGGCGACCCGUAAUUUCUGUCAAGGUGUUGCCGGCUAUUGAAACAAUUUUUUAUGGAGACAAUUUAUCAGCAGUAUUAGCUACUACUUAUACUUCGUUUUUGGAUAUUUUAGCAUGGAUUCCUUAUGGUUUAGUUCAUUUUUCAUCACCUAUUAUCCUUGCAUUCUUCAUCUUCAUUUUUGCUCCCCCAACAUCACUUAGGUCAUUUGGAUUUGCUUUUGGCUAUAUGAAUUUAGUUGGAGUUAUGGUUCAAAUUUUAUUCCCAGCUGCUCCUCCCUGGUACAAAAUAAUUCAUGGCUUGGAACCAGCUGAUUAUUCUAUGAUGGGGUCACCUGGUGGAUUAGGUAGAAUUGACGCUCUCUUGGGCGUUGAUAUGUACACUUCAGCAUUUUCUAAUUCACCCGUUGUUUUUGGUGCUUUCCCAUCCUUGCAUUCAGGUUGUGCGGUUAUGGAUGUCUUGUUUCUUUGCUGGCUAUUCCCAAAGUAUAAAGUUGUUUGGUGGGCAUAUUGCUCUUGGCUCUGGUGGAGCACAAUGUAUUUAACUCAUCAUUAUUUUGUUGAUUUAAUCGGAGGUGCUGUAUUGUCAUAUGCUGUUUUCAACUACACUAAGUACAAACAUUUACCUGUGAUCAUUCCAUCUAAUUUUUGUCGUUGGUCAUACUCUGAGAUCAAGAGAAUUAACAUCAGUGAACACGAUCCAUUAUCUGUUAAUUUUAUGUCAGAGGAAGAUAUCGAAAAUAGAAAUCUGAUCCCAAUGAGUAAUUAUCCUUAUUUCUUUUCUCAGCAUGCACCAACACCAAACAAUAAUGACAUUCAAACCGGUACAUCUGCGCGGCCGAGACAAGCUUCAAGAUCUUUCGUUGGAACUCCAAGUGCAGGUAACUCAUUAGAUCCAAAUAUGCAAGCGGUAGCCAAGUCUUCCUCUUCAAUCAAUUUACUGUUUAAUGAAGAGCCCACCAUUUUGGAGACGGAGACUUCGUCAUUGGAAAAUAAUAGUAAUGUGCCUUCAGUCUUUGAUGAAGAGCAUAAUAGCUCAGCUGCAUCUACUACCUCAUUGGAUGAACUAGAAUCCAACUACAGUACAAAGCCAAGCAACUUCCAAGGGGACGGAAGUAGUAAUCUGAGGUAUAAUAAGAAUAGAUAG